UAAUACUACUACUAUUCAUAAUAAUUGGUGUCCGAAUUAAAAAGUUGUGUACGAAUACAUCUCCCCUCGCCUCACUUCUCUGCAGGCCUUUGUUCAUUUCUUCCGACAAAUCCAACGAGUUCAUCUGAGUGCAAACCCAAGAAAACACCUAUCCGUUUACUUCAGAAGCUUGGCAGGUACCAUUGGUCAAAAAUUACUUGGGAAUGCAGAAAGAUGUGGCUGAAUGCGAGUACUUGUCACUCUGAUGUCAAAGUGCCUUCCUUUCCAUCUUGGGUGGAUUUGUUCAUUCUUGAUGAGGUCGGGCGCAUGAAUCAUGGCAUAUCAAUUUUUUGCGGACAGCUGCAGAAUAAAAGCAACACUUGUUGCCUUGCUCUCGUGUUGAAGCACGAGGGAGACAGUUGAAUUUCUCAAAUAAAACCACUCCUGCCCCGUAAAAACCAAAUAUUCGUACAAGCAGGAGAGUAUAAUAGAAGGUGUAUAGUAGUUUUCUGAUUAGAAUGGAUAAUAAGACAAACAUAUUAAUGCAAAGGUAUGACCUUGGAAGAUUACUAGGGCAAGGAAACUUUGCAAAAGUUUACUAUGGUAGAAAUCUUGCAACCGGGCAGAGUGUAGCCAUUAAGAUAAUUGAUAAAGAGAAGAUUCUGAAGGUUGGACUGAUCAAUCAGACCAAGCGAGAGAUAUCUGUCAUGGCACUGGUUAAACACCCCAAUGUGCUACAGCUUUAUGAGGUCAUGGCAACCAAAACCAAGAUUUACUUCGUUUUGGAGUAUGCCAAAGGUGGUGAACUUUUUAACAAGGUCGCCAAGGGAAAGCUCAAGGAAGACAUUGCCAGAAAGUACUUUCAACAAUUGAUCACUGCUGUUGACUUUUGCCAUAGCAGGGGUGUCUACCACCGUGAUCUAAAACCAGAAAAUCUGCUGCUGGAUGAGAAUGGGAAUUUAAAGGUGUCAGAUUUUGGUUUGAGUGCUCUAGCUGAAUCUAGGCGGCAAGACGGGUUGCUUCAUACAACCUGUGGAACCCCCGCCUAUGUUGCUCCUGAGGUUAUUAGCAGGAAAGGUUAUGAUGGUGCCAAAGCUGAUAUCUGGUCUUGCGGUGUAAUCUUAUUUGUUCUACUGGCUGGUUAUCUUCCAUUCCAUGAAUCGAAUCUUAUGGAUAUGUAUAGAAAGAUAAGCAAGGCUGAGUACAAAUGCCCGAAUUGGUUUCCUCCAGAAGUGCGCAGACUGCUAUCAAGGAUCCUCGACCCAAGUCCAUACACUAGGAUUUCCAUAGCCAAAAUUAUGGAAAACACUUGGUUCAGGAAAGGGCUGGAUCAGAGAGAUUUAAGAGCAAGUAUAGAGGACAAGGGAAAGAAUCCCUUAAAUGCUGAUAUUGCAUUUGAUCUUAAUGAGUGUUGCAGCGGUCCUUCUACCGAGACAAAGCUAGAAGUACCAAAGCCAACUAACUUCAAUGCAUUUGACAUAAUCUCCCUUUCAACCGGUUUCGACUUGUCUGGUUUGUUUGUGAGGAAUGAUCAGAAGGAAGAAGUGCAAUUUAUAUCAAAAAAGUCCGCACCCUCUCUCAUAUCCAAAAUUGAAGAAAUUGCUAGACGUCUAAAGCUGAAAGUCAUGAAGAAGGAAGGAGGGGUGAUGAAAUUGGAGCAACCGAACGAUUGUAGAAAUGGGACUGUGUCCAUCGAUGUUGAAAUUUUCGAAAUCACUUCGUCCUUUCACUUGGUGGAGGUUAGAAAGUCAAGCGGAGAUGCAUUGGAUUAUCUGAAGGUGUUGCAACAGAAUCUAAAACCGGCUUUGACAGAAAUUGUCUGGGCUUGGCAAGGCGAGCAGCAACAAUAGCAGUGAUGAUGACGACGAGAAGCUACUGACUUCAUACUCAAUUCACUGUGUGUAAGUUGCCAAUUUAGUUGAUUUCCAUGUGUGUAUGUUUUGCUGUCUGAAUGCGUGUUGCAAAUGAUUUUCAACUUAUAUGAACCUUUUGUGACUUUGUUUGCUGGAAAUUGUCCCAUCGCCGCCAUAUUCAUUUUCUGUAACUUUCCUUUUGUGUGGAUUCAUUAUACAGCAUUUCUAA